AUGCAGAGUUCCGAGGGUGGAUCCGAUUCGCCAGCAUCCGUAGCCUUGCGCCCAGCGGCAGCUGCCCAGCCUGUGCCAGCGUCCCCACAGAGGGUACUGGUCCAGGCCGUGGGCUCAGCGCCCAAGGGCGCCCCGAUGCAGCCCCUCACCCUGCCCAGAGUUCAGCUCGUGCCGCAGCAGGUGCAGCACGUGUACCCGGCGCAGGUGCAGUACGUGGAAGGGGGGGACGCCGUCUACACCAAUGGAGCCAUACGAACAGCCUAUGCCUACAACCCCGAGCCUCAGAUGUACGCCCCCAGCAGCGCAGCUUCUUAUUUUGAGGCCCCAGGUGGUGCCCAGGUGACGGUGGCAGCCUCGUCCCCACCAGCUGUCCCCUCCCACAGCAUGGUGGGCAUCACCAUGGAUGUUGGGGGGAGCCCCAUUGUGUCCAGCGCGGGAGCCUACCUCAUCCACGGGGGGAUGGACGGCACAAGACACUCCCUGGCCCACACUGCCCGGUCCUCGCCAGCCACGCUUGAAAUGGCGAUUGAAAACCUCCAAAAAAGCGAAGGAAUCACACCACACAAAAGCGGCUUACUCAACAGCCAUCUCCAGUGGCUGCUGGACAACUACGAGACGGCGGAGGGUGUGAGCCUGCCGCGGAGCUCCCUGUACAACCACUACCUGCGCCACUGCCAGGAGCACAAGCUGGACCCCGUCAACGCCGCCUCCUUCGGGAAGCUCAUCCGCUCCGUCUUCAUGGGGCUGCGCACACGCCGCCUGGGCACCAGGGGCAACUCCAAGUACCACUACUGCGGGAUCCGGCUGAAGCCCGACUCCCCGCUCAACCGGCUACAGGAGGACACGCAGUACAUGGCCAUGCGGCAGCAGCCCGUGCACCAGAAGCCCAGGUACCGGCCAGCCCAGAAGACAGACAGCCUGGGGGACAGCAGCUCCCACAGCAGCCUGCACAGCACUCCGGAGCAGGCCAUGGCUACCCAGAGCCAGCACCACCAGCAGUACAUAGAUGUGUCCCACGUGUUCCCGGAGUUCCCAGUGCCUGACCUGGAUGGCGAGCCGCUCCAGGGGAGUGUCACACCGCGAGACAUCAAGGCCCUGCAGCUGGUGUACCGACGGCACUGUGAGGCCACCCUGGAUGUUGUCAUGAACCUCCAGUUCCACUACAUUGAGAAACUGUGGCUGUCCUUCUGGAACUCCAAGGCUUCCCCCAGCGAUGGCCCCACCACCCUCCCUGCCAGUGACGACGAGGCCGACAGCGCCGCCGUGCUCCCUAAGGACAAGCUCAUCUCGCUGUGCAAGUGCGACCCCAUCCUCAAGUGGAUGCGGGGCUGUGACCACAUCCUCUACCAGGCCCUGGUGGAGGUCCUCAUCCCUGACGUGCUGCGGCCCGUCCCCAGUACCCUCACCCAGGCCAUCCGCAAUUUUGCCAAGAGCUUGGAAGGCUGGUUGACAAAUGCCAUGAGCGACUUCCCACAGCAGGUCAUCCAGACCAAGGUGGGCGUGGUCAGCGCCUUCGCCCAGACGCUGCGGCGCUAUACGUCGCUCAACCACCUGGCUCAGGCAGCACGCGCCGUGCUACAGAACACGUCCCAGAUCAACCAGAUGCUCAGCGACCUCAAUCGCGUGGACUUCGCCAACGUGCAGGAGCAGGCCUCAUGGGUGUGCCAGUGCGAGGAGAGCGUGGUGCAGAGGCUGGAGCAGGACUUCAAGCUGACCCUGCAGCAGCAGAGCUCGCUGGAGCAGUGGGCCAGCUGGCUGGACAAUGUGGUCACACAGGUGCUCAAGCAACAUGUGGGUAGCCCCAGCUUUCCCAAGGCCGCCCGCCAGUUCCUGCUGAAGUGGUCCUUCUACAGCUCCAUGGUGAUCCGAGACCUGACGCUGCGCAGUGCCGCCAGCUUCGGCUCGUUCCACCUCAUCCGGCUGCUGUAUGACGAGUACAUGUUCUACCUGGUGGAGAACCGGGUCGCUGAGGCCACCGGGGAGACGCCCAUCGCGGUCAUGGGAGAGUUCAGCGACCUCGCCUCCCUGUCGCUGACGCUGCUGGACAAAGAGGACAUGAGUGACAGACACAGCAGCGAGGCCGACACGGACGGCCACAGCCUGGGCGAGCCCAUGGUGAAGCGGGAGCGAGGAGACCCCAGCCACCCGCUGCAGGACAUCUAG